AUGGCUCUUUUGAAAGCAUUCCAAAAACAAUCAGAAAAGAAACCAUGUCCGGUAUGUGGACAUCUUGUUACACGAGGAUUGUAUCGGUCACAUUUGGAUCGCUGCAAGUUGCAACCCGACGAUGAUGAUUGCCGGAUCAUCGCUGAAGUCUGUACUAAGAGUAGAAAACGAGAAGCUGCCAACAGUUUGACUUGUUCAGACAGCAGUGAUGAUUUGUUCGACUGUCUGAAUCACGAGAAUGUAGAAAAGGAACAAGAAUUUAAAGAGAGGGAUCCUGAGAGUCUUCUUCCCGAUGUUGCCAACGAUGAAGAAGUUUCAAUUGACACGAACGAACAGAAGCAAUUAGCUGAAGUGAAGGAAAAAAUGAAGGACGAGAUGUCGACUGAAGCAAUUAGUAAAACACCUAUCAGUUUUGCUAGAAAACGCGCGAAAAAAAUUGAGGUUUUUCCAUAUGAAUCAACAAAAACAUUGGAAGUUAUCGAGAAAGUUGAUUCUGAUCUCCUCAUAUCACUAGAAAGCAAAAAUGAAACAUGGGCAAGCAGGGCAACAGAUUCAGUGGCUUUGAAGGAGUAUUCUGAAAAUGAAAAAGUGGAGAACAAGCAGAAUGAAGCAAAAUAUUUGAAUAACAGGAAUUUUUUUCACUGCCCGGCUACGACUAGUCGUGAUAUUAAAGUGGAAAUUAAACUAGAAGCAGAGCAAUUGGGUAAUAUUAAAUCCUACCUUGACAUUUGUGAUUGCAAUCUUGUAAAGAGUAGUCAAAUCCUGUCAAAUUACAAAGACCCUGCGAUUGAAAAUGCUCAAGUCGGUUCACCGUAUUAUCUUACCUUAUUUCAUAAAAUAAUGAAGCGGGUUUUUUGUAAUGAAGGUCAGUAUGGUGAGGUGCAGUUCUGGGGUGAACGUUUGCAUUUGCUAGAGAAAUUCGUAGCGCUAUCAGAUCAGAGUAAACACUUGCUAAUUCGAUUGUUUCUUCGCAAAAGAAAAUGGUUGAUAGCGGAUAAACUUUCAUACGCCAAUGUCUCCUCGUCAUUGAAUCCAUUAUUUGAAGAAUUAUUGCAAGCUGAACUCGUUGAUUCAAGUCACUCAUCAUUGCUGGAAAUUAAAGAAGCCAUACAUCUCUUACAUGCUUCAUCGUUAAAAUCUGUUGCGAAACACUUCAAAUUAGAUUUCAAUAAAGGCAAAAUUGAAAUUUGUCGUUCACUGUUGACAUUUGCUACGCAGAAAAAUGUUUUCGGAAUCACUAUGAAGAAACGAGUGCUGCAUAAAGUCAAAGAGGAACUUGGCCAAUGCUUUCGCUUACGUAAAGAGAUUAUGGAUAUUUUUUCGGCGAUUUUUACAAUUUAUUCACCGGUGGAUAUGAAUUCUGCAUUACUUUUUGAACAGCCUUCUACUAAUUUACCCUCGCAGUUAUUGUUUUAUUUGCUGCAACUUGGUAUUGAUAAACUUCGUUUUCCUGCUCCUUAUGAGCCCCGUUUGAUAAAUAUUUAUACGGACGCCGAAAAGCUUUUCAGGUAUAUCAAAGCAAAGGAAUUGGAAGCUGAAAUAGCUGAUCUAACACAGCGUGGAAGGUGGAGUGAAAUAAUUGAUUGCGCAAAGAAAGCCCGGAUCGAGAUUCAAGAUGCAUUUGCAGUACAGCGGCAAUUCUAUGAAUCUUUAAUUGGUGAUCUUCGACGAUUCACUGAUCUCCACGUGUAUGCGAGAUGCAUAUCACAUGGUGUUGAAGCACUGGAAAGAGUCAGAAAUUAUACGGAAGCUGUUGCAUGGUUGGAAUAUAUGUUGCAUGCUUUGGAAUUUAAACUUGUUCUUGCUAAUGCACGAGGUGGAUGGUGGAACCGAUUAGCACUGAAUUUAGAUGCACAUCUGAAAGAUAAAGAUAGAGCAAUGAAAACUGUUAUUGCUGGUCUAGAAGAUCCUGUUUUGGGUGACAAAGAUCGUUUGUCGCUGCAAGAUAGAGGUCGUAAACUUUGUGUAGGAUGGACAGGACCUCUGAAAGAGGUGGACCUUGAAAGAAUCGAUAUAAAAGGUACUGUAGUAGGUAAAAAUCUCGGCGAAGCACGAAUUAACAGAUUUCUUAUUGAAAGAAAUGGAAUACCUUGCGAAUGCAACGUUGAAGAAGUGGCACUGGAUUAUUAUUUGAGAAAAAAUGGUUUCAAAGAAGGAGUGCACGCGGAAGGCACGCUCUGGCACACCAUAUUUGGACUUUUAUUUUACGACAUUAUUUUCGAUCCAGCUGUUGAGAAUGUAUGGUUCAGUGAAACACAGACGAAUCCAGUGGAUUUGAACAGCAAAACUUUCUACACCAAUCGGCAGGAUCUUUUCGAGUUACGUUUCAAAGAGAUUGAAGAAGCAGAUUUUGAUGAGUUGCUACUGCAAAUGGAAAAAACGUACAAUGAUUAUUAUGGAGUAACCAAUUCAGAGAUCGCGUGGAAUUGUUUCAUUAACUUUGAACAAAUUAAACGCUUUAUGAUCUGUUGUCCGAUAACUGUUCUUUGCGCUAGCAUUCGUCGUCUCAUUGUUGAUUAUCGAAAUUGCCGAAGUGGAUUUCCUGAUUUAACUAUUUGGAAUGAUGAAAAGAAACUUCUGGCAGUUGUAGAAGUUAAAGGUCCUGGAGAUAAGUUAUCAACCAAGCAACGUUUAUGGUUAAAUUUUUUUAAAAAUCAAAAUAUAACUGCUCAUGUUUGCCACGUUUCUGGUAAGUAUAAUUAUCGUUUACUUACCUUGAGAUUUCUAAAUUGCGAGGGAUUCGUCAUUGUUCUCGAAAUCCAAAGGAGCUCGAUUGAGAGCACUGUGUCCUGA